AUGAGGAAGAGGAUGAGGAAGAGGAUGCGGAUGAAGGUGAGGCCAAAGAUAUGGAUGAUGAUGACAAUGAUGAUGAAAGCGAGGAUGAGGAUGAAGAUGAUGAAAAUGAGGACAAAAACGAUGACGAACGCAAGGCCAAAGGCGACGAUGAGGAGGAAGAUGGAAGAUGAGGAGGAGGACGAGGACGAGGAAGGCAAGGCCGAAGCUGAGGAUGAUGAUGACGAUGAUGAUGAAAGCGAGGAUGAAGACGAUGAGGACGAUGAAGACGAGGACGAAAACAACAACGAACGCGAGACCAAAGGCGAGGCCGAAGCUGAGGAUGAUGAUGAUGACGAUGAUGAUGAAAGUGAUGAUGAGGAUGAAGGUGAUGAAAAUGAGGACAAAAACGACGACGAACGCGAGGCCAAAGAUGACAAUGAAGAGGAAGAUGAGGCGGAAGAUGAAUAUGAGGAUGAGGAUGAAAAUGAGGAAAGCGAGGCCAAAGCUGAGGAUGAUGAUGAUGACGAUGAUGAUGAAAGCGAGGAUGGGGAUGAAGAUGAUGAAAAUGAGGACGAAAACAACAACGAAC